CCACCCCUCUUCCUUAUUUUCGUCCUCCCCUUUACACUACUCAAAGGGUUAGGCCAAUGGAGAUCUUGCAAUGCAAGAAAUGCUAUAUUCGUUUAUCUCAUUUAUCUGUGUAUUCGUUUCUAACCUCCUCCAUGCUCUGCGGACAGCCUUAGAAUCAAUGCAAGACCCGACCGGCUAUGAAUUCAUGGAGGAAUUGAGCUCCCGAAAUCUGGCUGUGAAGCAGCUGAAGGAACAUUUCGUUCAGGCCUUAAAGGCCAACAAUGCAGCAGAGGUCCUGAAGAUUCUGCACACUGGCAAUCUAGACAUUGAUACUGUGCUGGAAGUGGAUGAUCCCAGCAUGGUGCUGGCCUCAUAUAAACAAGGAUACUGGCUUCCAGGCUACAAGCUGGAGAAAUCCUGGGCGAUGGCGAUCCAUGUGUGCGUGAUGUACAAUGCAGUGGAAACAGCUCUGGUGCUCCUCCAGAAAGGUGCAGCGAUAAAUCGGAUGCCGAAUGGGAAAACGCCGCUGCAUGUAGCCUGUGAAGUCUCCAACAGCGACUGUGUGGCCUUGCUUUUGGCUCACGGGGCAAAGGUCAACUGUCUGUCUCUUAGUGGCCAUGCGCCUCUGCACUACUGCAUCGCUAGGGAGUCUGUGGAUUGCGCCAAACAGCUCAUCCUCAAAGGUGCAAAAAUAAACAUGACGAGUAACAAUAAUGAGGAGGACACCCCUUUACACACAGCAGCGAGAUUCGGUGUUCCGGAACUGGUGGCUUUGUUUUUGGCCCACGGAGCUUCUGUAAAUGCUGUCAACAUCCUCCAAGAGACACCUCUGAUGACGGCAGUCUUCUGGUCCUUUGAUUCAAAGGAACAAACCUACAGCCAAGAUCACCACAUUGUAUGUCGUCUCCUACUGGACCACCAAGCUGAUCCUAACAUGAAGGAGGAGGACCACAAAACAGCUCUUCACAAGGCCGCCUGGAACUGCGAUCACGUCCUGAUGCAUAUGCUGUUGGAGGCAGGAGCGGACCCGAGAGCCAUGGACAUCAAUGGAUGUGCUCCCAUUCAGUACCUCCUCAAAGUGACGGAUCUCCGGCCGUUGGCCAUUCCUGAGCUCUGCUAUCAGCUGCUGCUCAACUACAACGCAGCUCGCAUCUACCCACCACAAUUCCACAAGUUGUUGCAGUCCUGUCAUGAUUAUCCCAGAGUUGUGGAAAUCGUUGUGAACUCCUAUGAACACUUAAAGCCUACAAAGAAGUGGAGGGCUGCUCUUCCCGAUGAGUGCUACCAGGUACGCCUUGCUGGUACCUGGUUGGACCCCCUUGGCAUCGAUUCAACAAGCAACACAGAGACUUCUAUGACUCGCUGUUUGCCAUUUGCACCAACACUCCUCGAAGUCUGCUUCACCUCACCAGAUGCACCAUCAGGAGGAGUCUGGGUGGGUGUUGUCAAAGAGGAGUCCCACAGCUUCCUCUGCCAACUCCCAUGAAGAAAUACUUACUCUUAGAACCCGAGAGAAUCCUCUACUGACAGAGUGUUAUGACUGGCUCUUCACCAUAACAAAGAAGACGAAACCAGUUUUAUCACUCACUAAGUAUUGAAAAAGUAAAACAAACAAUAAACAACAAAGUAACCUGAAACAUGAAG